AUGGCACACUGGACCGGAGCUUUAUUUCCUAGCAGUAACAACAGCAUUGCUACCAGCAUUACUGAUAGGUCGGGUGAUACGGAAGAGCAGAGUUUGAAUAUUAGCGAGGAGAGUGUUUAUCAUUCUGCUGUAGAACUGCUUACCAACAGAACAUUAGGCUCUCGUGCAAAUACUGUGUCGAUUGCCGACUCCGCUACUACUGUUGCUACUACUGUUGCUACCACUAUUUCAACCCCAUCCGACAUCACUGGCUGCACUCCAACAACUACAAGCUUUGCAAAUACUGCAUUCGAGUUUGGACUACCAACUCCUAAACCAGGUGAAAUAGCUGCUAUUGUUGGUAUGGCAGGCAUGCAUCCACCACAAGGUCUUGAUCAUCUUUUGGAUCGACCAUCAACCUCUUCUUCAAUCGUUACACGAACUCCGAAACCAACGAGAGCGUUGGGCUUUAAGGAGUCGCUUUCCAAGAGUGGCGUAGAGAAGGAUGGUGAGUUGAGCCAUGCUGCUCAUGGCAUCAAUCAUCAGUAUCAUCGUGAUGAGCAAGGCAAUUGUAGUAUACAAGAUGGACAAAGUAGUCAAAAUUCAGACACCUUUCCGAAAGCAACCAAUGCUCAAAGUAUCAGUCUGUCCAGCAGCACUGACGACAGUGCUACCAAUGAUGAGAUUGACAGCAGUGAUCCAGUUCAUAACAUCACCAUCAACUCUUGGCUAUUUCCAAGAACCUCUCUGCCAACCCAAGUCCCUCAUCCACGCUAUUCCUUCAUGAUUACCAGCGAAACAGCUGAUGGUCCGCUGAUGGAUCUGGUCACGGUGUAUCGGGCGGAGGUACUUUUUGAUUAUACUCCGACCACAUUUGUAGAUCCCGACGGGUCAGGAGAUAAUGCUGUUACUCCAAUCUCGCUCACUGCUGGAGAAAUCGUGAGUGUUUUUGGAAACAACAGUGUUGGCUUUACCGAUACUGCCACUGGCGAGUUUUGGAGGAGUAGCAGAGCUGAACCUGUUCAUCACAAUCUGGACAUUGUCAGCGAUGUCAAUGUUUCUGGCGGGUGGUGUCAUGUCGAACGAAAGGAUGGCCAAAACGGAUAUGCUCCCAUUGCUUAUCUCAAGUUUGAAACACCAGAGCUUGCGCAAGCAGACGACCUUCCAGAGCGAGCUAAUUUACGAAACAGUGCACAUGGUCUUGUUAUAGAUUCUAAACCCCAUCAUCGCCUUUCUGCAGGAAAUUAUCUGACAUCUUUCCCCGCACCUCCAACAGAUCCAUCUUUAGAAAUGUAUCUUGACAACCAUCAGACACCACCCAUUGCACUAGCAAACAUCUUGAGUUCAGCCAAAGUAGGAACAUCUUUUCAGUCCAUGUGGUCAUCCAUAUUCCAAAACAACAACGCUUUACGUGAAUUUAUUUUACGUGGACCGGUAGUUGAUCCGUCAGCAGUCAUUCGUCAGCGAAUCCAAAGCACCAUUUCAACUUACAAUAGUCCAUAUGAUCGUGUCAUGUCGGUAAUCCCCUCAUGCUAUGUGAUUGAGAGCAAAAACAACGGUACCAUGCAUUGGAAACCUCAAAUUGAACCCUUCAAAGUAAGUGUACACUCUCCUCGUCGCUGUCGUCGCACUACAGCUAGCAAACGCGAAGAAUUUGUGCUUUACAAGAUUACAACCAUGUUCGUGUCAAAUCGUGCAGAUGAACACGAUGCAGAUACAAGUGUCACUGUAGAGCGUCGAUACAACGAUUUUACCUUUCUCCACUCAUAUUUAGAGACCAUUUUCCCUGUAAGUACGGUUGUGACGCUGCCUGCUGCACUUCCUCCAAGACACUCGACUCAAUCUCGAUUUGACGAAGCCCAUGUAAACGAACGCAGACGCGGACUUCAGUUAUACUUGGAUCAAAUUUCCCGUCAUCCCAUUUUUAGAUCUGAAGAUAUUGUCAUGCAAUUUUUGACUACUUGCAGCAUUGAAACAGAUCUUGCCGAAAUUGAUGAAGGGCAUUGGCCCUUGGAUAGCGAGUCAUCUGUUGUUUCUGCCAAUAGUGGCGAGUGGAGACUUGCAUAUGACAUUCCUCGCAUUUCUAACCCAACAUAUAGCUUCUUUGAGCAUGUUAUUGUUCCCGAAACUGCAGCUUAUAACUCGUUAAGUUUAUCAACAUUUAAACUGCGCGGAGUCGAGUCUAUUUCAGAUGCACUAGCCAAUCGCCUUUCGCCCUUUAUUGACGCAACACUCACCUAUCAAUCCCACAUUGUUGGACUGCACGACGUCUAUCUUAAAAUGUCAGAUGCACUUCUCAGUACGGGCCGACUGCUUUCCCGCACUGGUGACAAUCAGCCUGGCUGUUGGAACCCUUCAUGCAACGAUUGCGGACUCAUUGGUGAUGCAAUGAUUGCUGCAAGCUUACAGCUUAAGCAUAUUUCCGAUGUGCAUCAAUCACACGGAACAAGAUCUCUAGAAUCAUUUGUGCAAAGCACUAAACAGAUUAAAUCAGCAAUGAGUCCGUUACGAUCGUUAACCAACAUGUUCAAAACUGUGACAAAAACAGUUCUGCAACAAGAGCACCAAAAGAGUGGGCUUGAAAGUGUGCAUGAUCCUGCUUUGGAGUCUCGCCCUAGUGCAAAUUCGGGCUUGUCGCAUUCUACCACACCCAAUCCAAAUGGGUUACCUGAACCACGGCUGUUUUCUCGAUCGCAUCCACCCAAUCAGCAGUCUGAGCUAGGCACACAUCGACGCCCCAUCCAAGCUAGAUCAGAACUUCCUCGUAACAAUACCCAACAACGAGCGGCUGUGGUUCUUGCUGUUGCCGAAUCCGAGGCGGUACAAGCCCAUUCUGAAAAAAUGUUUAUGAUUGAAGAUGCAAUGUCGACGUGGCUAGAUGGUGAAAUCGAGAUGCACGAAAAACUUUUAAAACGACUUCGUGCCGCCAAAGAAAUAUUCCGCGGACCUAAUCAGCGACUUUAA